AUGGCAAACAUGUUAAUAAGGACUAGACGGUAUAAGUGCUACAGGAUUGCUACUGUAAUCAGAGUGCUAUUAGUUUUGGGGAUACCUUUAGUUUAUUUGAUGUUUAGUAAUACUGGUUCAGAGGAAGAAAUGUUAAAAUCUACGUUUGAUUCAGGUUUUGAUGGAGCUGUUUCUCAACGUAGGUUGCUGAGCGUCGUUGAGAGGGAGGAGAGGAACUGCACUCCCGCAGCAAUUUUGGAGUUUCCCUCCGACGGUCUCAGCCGGUAUCAACGGCAACAUGGUUACAUAGCAAUACACUGUAUAUUAGCUAUAUACUGCUUCUUUCUGCUGGGGACGGUGUGUGAGCAGUACUUCGUGCCGGCAAUCGAGAUGAUAUGCGAACGUUUAAAUAUAGGUAUGGACGUAGCUGGGGCUACUUUUAUGGCUGCAGCGAGCUCAAGUCCUGAGCUUUUCAUCAACUGUGUUGGUACGUUUGUCACUGAAGGUGACAUUGGAGUAGGAACCGUGGUGGGAUCAGCAGUGUUCAAUGUACUGGCUGUACCAGCAUUCUGCGCUCUCAUUGCAGGCAAAGUGGUGGACUUGGAUUGGUGGUCAGUGUCGCGGGAUUGCGUGAUGUACGCUGUGGCGGUAGUGGCACUCAUCCUCACGCUACUCGACGACGUUAUUUACUGGCACGAAGCACUGCUGCUUGUGCUCAUGUACAUUUUCUACAUAUUAGCAAUGGCGUUCAAUGGCUGUCUCGGAACAUUUUUCAGGAGCGGAUGCUGCACUUUCAAAAAACCCAAGGCGUACACAGAAAUAACCCCUCUUCUGAAUAGCGAAAAGAGUAACACAUUAUUAUCAGCUCGACGCAUAAGCCUUAGUGUUCAAACAACAGACGUGGAAUCAGCAGUGCAGUCCAAGCGACACGACUCCACCGACUCAGAUGAACUCAGCACCUACUCGAUGUGGUCAUGGCCUGGAGAAAAAGUCUCCUUCAUGAAGAAGGUGCUAUGGAUUUUUUCCUGGCCUAUAAACCUGGUACUUUGGCUGACCAUCCCGGACUGCCAGCGUCGACCCAACCUGUACCCAUUAACAUUCGCGAUGUGUGUCACCUGGAUAGGAUGUGUCUCCUACCUGGUCGCCUGGAUGAUCACCGUCCUAGGUGAUACCCUCAAUGUGCCAGACAGCAUCACAGGACUGACGAUAUUAGCAGCAGGCACCAGUCUUCCAGAAGCUGUCUCCAGCGUCCUAGUAACAGUGCAAGGGCACGGUACGAUGGGCUUGAGUAAUUCCAUCGGAUCAAAUACGUUCGACAUAUUACUAUGCCUGGGUUUACCCUGGUUGAUAAAGUCGCUCGCUUACCCCAGUGUUCCAGGUCAUCAUUACGUAUCAAUAAACUCCAGUGGUUUAUCCUACAGUGCUAUAUCUCUUCUGUCCACACUCUUCACACUAUAUGGAUGCCUGUUCCUGAACAAAUUCCAGCUGGACUGGAAGAUCGGCAUCACUUGUGGACUCAUUUACAUCGGCUAUUUAAUCUUAGCAGCCCUUAUAGAAUUAAAUGUAUUCUUCACUGUGAACUUGCCGAUUUGCCCUCAUUAA